ACAAUAACAACAACAACAACAACAGUGACACGCCUAUUCUUUCACCAGCAGGCCAAAUACUUGCUGCAUCAUCCGCACAUCCUCCUGCUCACUUUAAUGCUCAUAUUCCCGCGACAUAUGCAGCAAACAUGCCAGCAGCAGCAAUGGCACCGGCGGGAGGCAGCAUUAUCAUGACGUCAAACCACUUCAGUAGCACCAAUGUCGCCACCUCCGCGCCGAUUGUUGUGCCGACCCCGUCAACCAGCGAUGUGACCCUGUCCAGGGCAUCGUCGUCAGCAGCAGCAGCCGCAGCAGCGCUUGACAGCAGCGACACGCAUCGCUACAUCAAGCAUGUGGCGUACCACAACCAGCCGUCUGCCGAGCUGGAGCAGCCGAACGUUGCGCUCGAAAGCAGCAAGUUGUGGGCUAAAUUUGCAGAUGCGACGAACGAGAUGAUUGUCACUCGCACCGGCCGCAACAUGUUCCCUGUGCUCCGCUUUGACAUUACCAAUCUCGACCCAAACACGCUCUACGCAAUCAUGCUCGACAUUGCACCCGCAGACGGCAUCCGCUGGAAGUACGUGUCGGGAGAAUGGUGGGUCGGCGGCAAGUCGGACGCACCGACUGGGCCAACCAUGUACGUGCACCCCGACUCGCCCAAGAGCGGAAAAUACUGGAUGCAGAGGCCAAUCAGCUUCAGCCGGCUCAAGCUCACCAACCGACCCAACACCAAGGGCAACAUUGUGCUCUCGUCGCUGCACAAGUACCAGCCCCAGCUGCACAUUGUCAGCGUGCCGAGCAUGAAUGCCCCUACGCAUGGGCAACCCACCUCCGUUCACACCUUUCCCGAAACAGCCUUCAUUGCCGCGACGGCCUACCAGAACGACUACAUCAAGGACCUCAAAAUCAAGAACAACCCAUUUGCCAAGGCAUUCCUCAAUCCCCGUGACCGCCCACGCUCAUCGCGCGGCGACGACGAUGACGACGACGACAACGACGACAACGACGACAACGAUGCGGACGAGCACGAGGAGGAUUCCGGCAGCGAUGGGUCUCUGCCGGGUGCAGGCGGUCGCGAAGGAGGUCGCCCAGUCCGCACGCGCAAACCGCCGUCUCCGUUCAAAGGCGGUUCGUCGACGACUUCGGGGACGACAAGGACGCGGGUACCCAGCGGUUCGCGCAGCAGCAGCAGCAGUCUCCCUUCCUCGAGUGCGUCCGAGCUCCAUGCAAUUCAAGGGCUCCGACCUUCCGAUCUCUCGGCAAUGCCCAACAGCAUGCACGUUCAACCACCAUCUCAGCAGCAGCUUUCGUCGAUGCAAUACGUAUCACCGCAACGGGUCUUCUACGCGGCCGAUUCGGCGCCGCCGCCGUAUGCUGGCCAACCGCAACAACUUCAACAAGGCAUGCCGUACGGCUCCAACCCCACCACGACGACGAGCGUGGCAUUCCCUGCCGCUGGCGGCGAGGGAAUGAAUGGCGGGUACUAUCAGCAGCCAGUCUCAUUGGUUCAAUCAAUGCAGCCCGGCCAACCGCAGUCGAUGCAGCCGAUUCAACAGCAGCCGAUUCAACAGCAGCAGCCGAUUCAGCAGCAGCAACAGCAACAACAACAACUUGGACAGUACGCGGCACAAACCAACGUGCUUCCGUAUGGCCAGCCGCAAAUGGUUGAUCGUCGAGUGUUUUACGAGCAACAGCAGCCGCAACUGCAGCAGCAACAACAACUCCAACAGCUGCAACCCCUGCAACAACAGCAACAACAGCUACAGCCGCUGCAACGUCAGCCACCCACUAGCAGCUCGGAGAUUGGUUCAAGCCUCGACGGCGUCAUGACCCUGCCGUUGGCCUCCAACACGAUGCCCCACCAAAGCAUGCAGAUGGGAUCGUGGUCACAGCCACCUUCUGGUGGGUAUUACAGCAUGUCCGGCCAACCUGUCAGUGUGUCGUACUCUGCGCCAACCAUGCAACCAAUGACGACGUUCGCCCAACGACCCCUGAUGCAGCAAAUUUCCCAGCAGACGCCUUCGCAGCAGCAGCAGCACCUCCCGCAGGUCGUGUUCACUUCUCAAGGCGGUGGUGGCCAUGUCACUUUCACGGGAGCUCUGCCAGCGCAAAAUCAUCAGCAACAGAUGGCCUUUUCACACGUCCAACCGAUUCCUUACCAAUCUAUGGCCCACCCUCAUGCCCAGCAACUGCAGCAGCAGCAGCAGCAGCAGCAGCAUCACCAACCACUGCCACCACAUCAGCAUCAGCCACAGUAUUCCACACUCCCGCCCCUCGGGAUGGUGCCGCAGCAACUCGAAUCGCAGGCGCUGCUCUGGCUGCAACAGCAACCUGGCCCUGUCAAUGCGCCAACUCAAGGCUUGAAGCGCGCUGCCCUCGAGGCGUUCAACGCAUCCGAGUCUGAUCCCGGUGCUCCCUGGACCAAGCGCGAGCAUAUCGAUGCCGCCCGCGUCGAGUGAUGGAUUUGACGUUUUUGAGUGUGCGUUUUUGUUUAUGUUUUUGUUUUUUUGUGCGAGCUUCCCGUUGAUUUGUUUAAAC